GCUGAUCUGACAGAGAAAGGAGUCUGGUGGUUCCAGUUGAAGGUCUGGUCUGUGGCAGUCGUAUCUAUCUUGCUCCUCUGUGUCUGUUUCACUGUGAGUUCUGUGGCAAGUCACAAUUUUAUGUAUAGCAAAACUGUCAAGCGGCUGUCCAAGUUACAAGAGUAUCAACAGUAUUAUCCAAGCCUGACCUGCGUCAUGGAAGGAAAGGACAUGGAAGAUUGGAGCUGCUGCCCAACCCCUUGGACAUCAUUUCAGUCUAGUUGCUACUUUAUUUCUACCGUGAUGCAGUCUUGGACUAAGAGUCAAAAUAACUGUUCUGUGAUGGGGGCUGGUCUGGUGGUGAUCAACACCAAGGAAGAGCAGGAUUUCAUCACUCAGAAUCUGAAAAUAAAUUCUGCUUAUUUUCUGGGGCUGUCAGAUCCAAAGGGUUGGCGACAUUGGCAAUGGGUUGAUCAGACACCAUACAAUAAAAAUGUCACAUUCUGGCACUCAGGUGAACCCAAUAGCCCUGAUGAGCGUUGUGCGAUAAUAAAUUUCCGUUCAGAAGAAUGGGGCUGGAAUGACGUUCACUGUCAUGUACCUCAGAAGUCCAUUUGCAAGAUGAAGAAGAUCUACAUAUAAAUGAAAUAUUCUCCAUGGAAAUGUGUUUUGUUGGCAUCCACCAUUGUAGAAAGCUAACUUGAUUUUUUAAUUUCUGUGUAAGUUUUGUACAAGGAA